CUAGAUAUAGAAUAACGUUAUAUAAUUACACUUCUUUACCUUCACUAUUAGAGCUCGUAGAAUCAGCAUAUAUAUCAAACUCCCCUUGUAAAACUCUUCAUCUUGCUAUAGUUACAAAUACUGGUCAGCUACUAUGAAAGAGAUAAGUAUGGAUGGCAUAAGAAGUGUGGCAAUGAAACUAAUGAACAUAGACGAAAAUCGUCCUGCUAAUUGGCUCCCGACGUCUGUCCCUCCACCUGAAACUCCAACAGAGUCCAUGGAGUUCUUGGCGAGAUCAUGGAGUGUUUCAGCCACAGAGCUCUCCAAGGCUCUCUCGACCACCCAUAACAUGCCGAGAGAGCCUGAGAAGACAGCAUUUGAAUUUCUUACUGACGAACUGAAUCUGAAUGUCAAAGAUAACAUGCUGUCAAAGGUAAAUAAUCAUCUUACCCAGAAUAGUUCGAUAAAAGAACAUCAGUAUGUAGGACUUUUAAGUUUUAACAAAAGCUCCAGUCAGUUGCUUGUUAAUAUUGUUCUCGUCUUGCAGCAAGUAGAACCCCCGCAAAGUGGAGAUAGUCCUCCAAUUUCUCCAAGAGUGAGUGAUGAGACGAAGGAACUCUUCCUACUUCAUCAAGCACUUCACCCCGAUUUCCUAUCCAAUCAACAGCUACUGAGAAAUGGGCUAUGCAAAAGCAUAAUAAAAGGGAGAACAAUGGGGAGACGGAUGAAGGAUCAAAAGGAGAGAAAGAAGCAUGAAUCAAGAACUCACAAUGCACAGCUACAUGCUGCAGUGUCAGUAGCAGGUGUAGCUGCCGCUGUUGCAGCAUUAACAGCCUCAAAUGCAACACCAAUCGAAAUGUCAUCUUUACAACCAAAAGCACUAUCGAAAGAAACUACUGCUCUUGCAUCUGCUGCUGCCCUUGUAGCAUCACACUGCAUUGAGAUUGCAGAGGAAUUGGGGGCUGAUCAUCAUCAGAUCCUAUCAGCAGUUAAUUCUGCAAUCAAUGCAAGGAGUAAUGGUGAUAUCAUGACCUUAACAGCAGGAGCAGCUACUGCACUUAGAGGUGCUGCAACUCUGAAGGCUAGAUUACAGAAGGGGUAUGGAGCAGCAGGUCUCGCUCUAAAUGAGGACCAGUCUGAAGAUGGCGGAGAAUCUAACUCAAUUACCGCAAUGAACUUUACGAUGCAGGGAGGGGAACUUCUAAAGCGUACAAGAAAAGGUGAUUUACAUUGGAAGCAAGUCUCAUUCAGCAUCAAUUCAACAUUGCAGAUAGUUGUUAAACUCAAAAGCAGGCAUAUGGCAGGGGCAUUCACAAAAAAGAAGAAAUUUAUAGUAUCUGGAGUAUACCCUGAUAUUCCAGCAUGGCCUGGGAGAGAGAGAGAAGACAGCAGCGACCAGAAGUCUUACUUUGGGAUACAAACAGCUGAUAGGGUUAUAGAAUUUGAAUGUAAAAACAAAGGCGAAAAACAAAUGUGGACUGAUGGAAUUCAAAAUCUGCUGAAUUGUCGCAUUAGCAUUUAAUUAGUAGUUACUGUAAGAGUUAAAUUACAGGUUGGCUGGUGUAAAAGAUGGUAUUUCUCUGAUGAAUGCAAAAUGAAAACAGAUUUAUGAUCAA